AUGGGUGAAAAUUGGAUGGUUCAUGAUUUUGUGGUAGAACAUAACCAUAUGUUACACACACAAGAAACAACUCAUAUGUUGUCAUCUCAACGAAAAGUUUCAGAAAUUCACUGCCAACAAAUUGAUCUAGCGGAUGACGCCGAUCUUCAACAAAGGAGUUCAUUUGAUUUGAUGAGUAAAGAAGUGGGUGGCAGAACCAACUUGGGAUUUACACGCCUUGAUCAAAAGAAUUAUCUAAAAAAAAGAAGGCAAAACAGUUUAGUAAAUGGGGAAGCCGGGUAUCUAUUGCAAUACUUUCAAAAAAUGUCGCUUGAUAGUCCUUCUUUUUAUCAUGCUUAUCAAAUGGAUGUGGAAGAUCAAAUUACUAAUGUAUUUUGGGCAGAUGCGAGAAUGCUCUUUGAUUAUGGAUAUUUUGGUGAUGUGGUUUCUCUUGAUUCAACAUAUUGCACAAAUAGUUCAUAUAGACCACUAGCAGUGUUCUCGGGAUUUAACCACCAUCGAAAAGCGGUGAUCUUUGGGGCUGCAUUAUUGUACGACGAAACUGCAGAGUCGUACAAGUGGCUUUUUGAGACGUUUCUAGAGGCACAUAAGCAAAAAACGCCUCAAACAAUUUUUACUGAUCAAGAUCAAGCAAUGGCAAAAGCACUUGUCCAGGUAAUGCCAGGAGCUUACCAUGGCCUGUGUACAUGGCACUUGAUGCAAAAUUGUAUCAAGCACUUAAGUCAUUUAAUGAAAGGUGAAUCUCAUUUUCUUAGUGACUUUAAGAAGUGCAUGUAUGGGUAUGAUGAUGAAAAACAAUUUGAAGAAAGUUGGAGAACCCUCCUUGUACACUACAAUGGUGACGAAGAGCCAUGGUUGAGGAGAGCAUACAGUUUGAAGAAGAAAUGGGCAUCUUGUUACAAGUGUAAAUUCAAGAAAUAG